CCCCCCCCCCCCGCGCCGGCCGAUGGUCCUUCCCUCCGUGUGACCUCGGCUCGCGCCGCGGAGGGCGGGGCCUGAGGGGGCUCAACAUGGCGCCCGGCGAGUGACUCGUCCCGGAUCCCGCCGGCAGGUUGCUGAGCCCCGGGGGGCGCCCCCGCCCCCUCCCCCGCCGGGGGCCGGCCCGCUCCCCGGGCCGCCAUGUCCGACUCGGAGGAGGAGUGUCAGGACCGGCAGCUGAAGAUCGUCCUGCUGGGCGACGGCACCUCCGGAAAGACCUCCUUAGCUACGCGGUUUGCUCAGGAAGCUUUUGGGAAACAGUACAAACAAACUGUAGGACUGGACUUCUUUUUGAAAAGGAUAACAUUGCCAGGAAACCUUAAUGUUACCCUACAAGUUUGGGAUAUAGGAGGGCAAACAAUAGGCGGCAAGAUGUUGGAUAAAUAUAUCUAUGGAGCACAGGGAAUUCUCCUGGUGUAUGACAUUACCAACUACCAGAGCUUUGAGAAUUUGGAAGAUUGGCACAGUAUGGUGAAGAAGGUGAACGAGGAGUCCGAGACGCAGCCUCUGGUGGCCUUGGUGGGCAACAAAAUUGAUUUGGAGCAUAUGAGAACAGUGAAAUCUGAUAAACACCUACGGUUUUGCCAGGAAAAUGGCCUCAGUAGCCAUUUUGUGUCAGCAAAGACGGGAGAUUCUGUCUUCCUGUGUUUUCAGAGAGUUGCUGCUGAAAUCCUUGGAAUCAAAUUAAACAGGGCAGAAAUUGAACAGUCACAGAUUUUUAAAUGUGAUGAACAACACGUGUGAUUGACAGCAAUAAAUUUGAGUUAUUUUCCUCCACUUGCACGUACAGUGAAGAUGUGCUUCCUUCCCUGCUCCCACUUCCUGCCUCCUGUGAACUUUUCCUAGUCAUUCAUUCAUGCAGUCAGCAAACGUUUUCAGUAAACAUAAGUACUCCUAUGUGCAAGGUCUCACGCCAGCUUCUGGGUAAUGUAAACAUGAGAAUUACAUUUCCUGUCCUGAAGAGUUGCGUUGGAUGUAGGAUGCACCCAGGUAAAUGUGAGACAGGACUAAUGAUGGAGGACCCAGAAUGCUUCCAGAGCGUGGACUCAAUGGAGUCAGGAAAAGUUUUCCCUGAGGAGAAGAACCAUUUGCACUAAAGAACCAUUUAAUGAAAGAAGCAGAUGGAAGGCCCUUUGGCGCUUUUUGAUCGCCUCUUGGACAUUAUUCUGGCGUUAGUGUCCUUGAGUAUGAGUCCAGAGGAGGAGCCUGUGGUCUGAGACACCAGAUGUGGUCGUUGGCUUGAAGGGAGAAGACUUGAGUUCUCUUGGUGGGCCUGGAAUAGAGAGACCUAGAAGAGACCCCGGGAAAGAAGAGCUUGGUUCUUGAUUGGUUAGAUGGGCAGGUGGACAAGAAGACAGAGACCUCAGAGCUCAGCAUGGUGGGAUGCCUGCCUUGGGGCUUCGACAUUUUCAAGGACUUUCACAAAGCAACUUUGUGGCUGAGUCCCACAAAGGAAAGUUGGGUGAAUUGGAAUUUCCUUCAGAUACUGAGGGAAGUUUGGAGUUUCAGUUGAAGAGGCAUUUUUCCUUUGAUCUAUUAGGGAUUUUUCUUAUAAGUGUCAUGGAAGCUUCAGAGCUUCCCUGCCAAGAUGGGGCCUGCUAAUGAAGGGAGAAGCCACUUGUGUAGAUGAAGUAACGAGUCCUCCGAGCGUCCCUGCUCUUACCCCCCUCUGGGCCUUUGGAGAGAUGUUUGCUCACGCUUAUCAGGUGCCCGAUCCUUGUCUCUCCCUCUUCGAGCCUGAAGUCUCCUUCCUUUGAUGGGCCAUGUCUCCCAGGAAGCCUUUUGGUGCCCCUCCCCCCCAGGUGGUAGUACCCUUUCCUACAGACAAGAUACACAAGUGGUUCUGACAAAUCGACCCCCAUCUGAACCUCCUGGGUCUAGUCUGGAGGGCAAGGGCCCGCAGGGUGGCGGUUCCAUGUACCCUGUGCCUGCUGCCUUCCCGGGGGCCCCGCGGCCUCUGCCGGGCUGCCUUGUCUGCCGGGAGUGCAGGCACCUCAUCAGGUUUGAUCAUGACAAGGAGAAUGUCUCAUAGACCAGAGCAACCAGAGGAGUCGGGGGCUCCAGCCUCUAUCCUGGAUGACGUCUCUUAACCUCAUGUUCAAAAUGAAAAUUUGCUUUUGCAAAAAGAUGCUCCCAAACCUUUGCUAGAAUUGGCUCACACAGCCGGCUCCAGCCUCUUUUGGCAUUUAUUCUGUCUGGACUAAUAUACAUCUGUACAUCCCUCAUAUGAGAUUAUAGGCUCUUUAAGAAUAAAGAUUUUUUGGAAAAAAUACCAUGUCUUUUCAGUACCUUGUACCCAGAAUGCAUCUAAUAAAUGCUUUUCUUAAUAUUUUAUAUGUCAGCUCUGUCCUUAAGAGCUGUAGGAGUGGAAAUCCUAAUAGCCACUGGGAUGUAGGUAGAGCUUCACAGCUACAAGGCCCUUUCACAUGUAUUGGUCAUUUGAACUUCGAAACAAGGCAAUUCAAAGAUUGGAUUUUAGGAUUUUAGGAUUUAGCUCUGGAAGAAAUGCUAGAAUUCACCGGGAGUGAUUCCCUCCUUUAACAGGUAAGUAUUAAACAAAGGAUUCAGAAAGGCCUUUUGAACCCCCACCAGAGCUCUUUCUCUCAGAGCCCUUUUUUCUCUAUCCUUGCUCUCAUUGGGGAAACAUUUUCAUUUGUAUUGCUUUAAGUAACUGCCAUUAACAUUUUAGAGAAAUGGAACGUCUUGUUAGCUGUACAGAACUUUUUUUUCAAACCCAAUGGAGAUUUGCAUUUAUGAAAUUGGAACCUAUCUUAAAAUUUUUAAAUGAACCUACUUUUUGCUGAGUUUCUGGGCGUUGUAAUCAGAGUGGUUGUGAGGGCAUUCAUAUAAUGAAAAAUAGAAAUAUUCUCAUGACGAAAAGGCUACUAAGUAAAAAAGUUCACAUGAUAAAUAUCUAACGCAUGUAAUAUUAUUAUUAAUCCCUCAUAGAAAAAAGCCUGACCAUUUACAUUGGUAUGUAUUCUGGAUGUGUGUGCUAAGGCAGUCCCCAAGAAGUAAACUCUUGUUCUGUAGACUCAGUAGGCAUUUCUCCAUUUUGAUAUUUAACUAAAUAGGAUGAUAAAGAAAAUUAGCUCUUGGAUCUUUAUUCCUUUUCUUUCUUUAUUUAUGUUCAUGUUUUCCUAUAUCUUUGGCUACUUAGUCAAAUGUGCGUUGAUUUUCUUUAUUUGUUCUUUCUGGAAUGUUCAUUCUUUUUUUUAGUUAUUGAAUUUUCUUUCUCUUUUUCCUCCCCCUCUCUCCCUUCUC